GGAGCCCUGGCAGAGUGUUUCCGUGCUGCCUGUGCAGUGUCAGGAGGGGACGGCAGGUCCGUCUGGCAAUGAAGGGACAUCUCUCCGCUCAGCUGCUUUGGCUUCUCCUCUUUCUUCAGGACACCACGGGUGCUGAUGAGCUGAGGCUGGUGAAUGGAAGCAGCCCCUGUGCUGGGAGAGUGGAGGUUAAACACCAGGAUCAGUGGGGGACGGUGUGUGAUGAUAACUGGGACAUAGAAGAUGCUGAGGUGGUUUGUAAGCAGAUGGGAUGUGGAUCUGCUGUCAGUGCCCAUGGCCGGGCUUAUUUUGGAGAAGGAUCUGGACCUACUUGGCUGACUGUAAUUGAUUGUGAUGGUGACGAAUCAGCUCUCUGGGACUGCAGACAUAGUGGAUGGGGUAAAAUCACCUGCUAUCAUUAUUACGAUACUGGAGUGAUCUGCUCAGGUAAGAACUCAGUCAACCUGCCCCUGUAG